AGGAGAGCGAGUUCGCGCUCCUGGAGCACGCCAUCGCGAAGCUGGCGGCGAUCGCCCACCUGACUACUGCCGACAAAGAGCCGCAGGUCACGGACUCCAUGGACGACGACUACCGCCUCAGAAUGGCCCUGAUGCAGCGCGACACCGGCUAUGCUGGCAGCAGACGGACGACGCGCCUCUCGAAGACGGAGAGCGAGCGGGAGGUCAGCAGAGAGAAGCGCAGCAGCCAGAUCGUCGAGAUCCGCACGCCGUCGGCGAGCCUCAUACCCGAGGAGAAAUAGAGUCCUCGCUGGACACCGACUCUUUCAACGUUCUGAGUUGGAGCUCCGAGAUCAGGGCAGCCGUUGCUGCGCAGGUGAUUGCCAGCGUGGACAACCAUGUUGAAGACUCCUGCCUGCUGAAGUUCGUCGCGGCGGUGGAGGCCGCGUACGUGCCGAACCCGUACCACAAUUUUUCCCACGGCAUCGACGUGCUGUGCACCGUGGCGCGCUGGAUGAGGCUGAUCAGCAACGUUGACGACUUCCUGACCGAGG